AUGGAAUGCUCCAAGCAGCUGGGCCACGCUGUAGCACCUGUCCCUUGUACGGAGGUUUAUGCAGUAAAAACAACUUUGACCAGAGCUCCAUCAGGCAUUGAUCAGCAUAAGCUUGGGUUUGGUGACUACAGUUGCCUCUCCAUCUCCUGUACUUCCUGCACUGCUACUUUUAGCGCUCUUCCUACACCCCCGCUGACCUUUGAAUGGAUCUGUAUUUCCGCAUUCACCUGGAACCGGCCGCUAGGCUCCUCUCUGUCCAUGUCCCAAAUGGAGAGCAGGGACUCUGAGCCCGCACAGCCGGCCCCAGCCUGCCCGAGCUGCUGCCGGGGGGAGGAAGGGGAGGCGAGCCGGUCCCCAUGCACCUGCCGGCGGCCUGACAGCCAGCUCCCCACCUCCCCGGCGCCUGACUGCGGGGAGUGCCCUGUGCACCGCGGUCAGCCCGGCUGGUACUGCCUGACUGAGGACAGGGCAGUGUGUGCUGGCUGUGCCAUCCCGGGACCCUGCAGUAACCACCUGGGAGCCAGCAUCGUGGAGGCGGCGGACCGCAUGCGGAAUAAACUGGUUGAUGACUGUGAGAAAUUACAGCUGAGAUUAGCUGCAGUGGAGAGAUUCACGGAUGGGACUCUGAACAUCAAAAACAGCAACGUUAAGACUGAUGCCAGCAGUGCCAGGGAACUGGUCAUCCAACGUCUCAACUUUAUACGUGAGAUGUGUGACAAUGAGGAGCAGAGACUGCUGGAGGUGAUCCAUGAUGAGGAAGAGCGAGUCCAGCAGAGCAUCUUGACCCAGAAUACCUAUUGGAUGGAGUCCCAGCAAAAACUAGCUGACAUUAAAAACUACCUGGUAGACAUACUGACAAAGAUGGACGAUACCGUCCUGGUGAAACACCAGAAAGAAAUAUUCGAAAGGGCAGAGGAAGCAGAGGGAAUUCUUGAGCCUGAAGACUCUAAUAAGCUGAACUUCAACCUUGCCUGCGUUCACAGUCAUCUCCUCAGUAACCUGUGGGCAUCUGCAACAAUGAUCUGUAUUCCAGUUGCUGAAGACUUGCACAUUGAUGAGAAAACGUUGCACUCAUCUCUGACACUGUCUGAGAAUAAAAAGGGACUGACCUUUGUCAGGAAGAAAGUCCAUUCGUACUCAGACUGUCCUGAGCGCUUUGAGCACUGGCCAAACGCCCUGGGCCUGGAGUCUUUCCGGAGCGGUCUUCAUACCUGGAGAGUGGACGUGGGGAAUAGCUGUGCCUACAAAGUGGGCCUGGCUUACAGCUGCCUUCCACGCAAGGGGACUGGCCACGAGUCCCGGCUCGGAUAUAACUCAUCCUCCUGGGUCUUCUCCCGCUACGAUGAAGAGUACACGGUCGCCCAUGAUGGCCAGCGGAAGACCCUGGAUCUGCUGAGGCGCCCAAAGUUGAUUGGUGUACUGGUGGACUAUGAUGGAGGUGAAAUCCUAUUCUACGAUGCUGACGCCUGUGCUAUAAUCCAUAGCUACCGAACAAAACUCACUUCUCCUGUACAUGCUGCAUUUGCAGUGGCAGACAACAGUAUCACGAUAGUCCAAUAGUGGGCUUGAUGGGAACACUGGAAAUCUCCAGGUCUGCACCUAGCAUUUUCCUCCAGUUCUCUCAUUCUUUUCUGGGGAGAUGGUGAUGGUUACUUGACUAUUAAUCCAAAACCCAGGUUAAUGGUGUGGGUCAUAGGUUCAAAUCCCACCAUGGCAGGUGGUGAUUUUGGAAUUAAUUCAAUAACUGUGAAUUAAGAGAAAGGUCUAAACUGAAAUAGGGAACUGUCAAUAGUUGUAAAAAAUGAUCUGGUUCAUUAAUAUCAUUUAAGGAGGAAAAUCUACCAUCCUCACCUUCAUAUUCCAUACAAAACUAGGCAGAGGCUCCAGUCUAAUUGAAAAUACAGCACAGAAACAGACAUUUGGCCCAACUCAUCCAAUCCAAUCAGGUUUCCUAAACUGAGCUAGACCCAUUUGCCUGCACUUCACCCA